AUGGCCGGGCGUGGCGUCUUCAUCUUGGUUGCGCUGCUCGGCGCCGUGGCUGCAGCCCAGGGGGCGGCGGCAGGGUCGUCCUACUCCUACGGCUCCGGCGGCAAUCCUCCACCUUCAAGCCCACCAUGCCCGCCCGCCCAGGCUCCUCGUCCGCGCCUCAAGUUCGGCUUCUACAAGAACUCGUGCCCUCCCGCCGAGGUCAUCGUCCGGGACGCCGUCAGGAACGCCACCACCCUCAACCCCGGCCUCAUCCGCAUGGCCUUCCACGACUGCUUCGUCCAGGGCUGCGACGGCUCCGUGCUGCUCGACCCGACGCCGGCGAACCCGCGCCCUGAGAAGCUCGGCCCGCCCAACUUCCCCAGCCUGCGCGGUUUCGAGGUCAUCGACGCCGCCAAGGCCGCGCUCGAGAGGUACUGCCCCGGCGUUGUCUCCUGCGCCGACGUCGUCCAGUUCGCCGCCCGCGACGCCGCCUUCUUCCUCAGCGGCUACAGGGUCGACUACAGGCUCCCCGCGGGGCGCUUCGACGGCCGCGUGUCGCUCGAGAGCGAGUCGCUCGCGUUCCUGCCCCCGCCGUCCUUCAACCUGUCGCAGCUCAUCGACAGCUUCAGGGUCAAGGGCAUGAACGUCGACGACCUCGUCGUGCUCUCCGGGUCCCACACCAUCGGCCGCUCCCACUGCUCCUCCUUCUCCGACCGCAUCUCCACGCCGCCGUCCGACAUGGAACCGGGCCUCGCCACCAUCCUCAAGGGGCAGUGCCCGGCCAACCCCAACUUCACCAACGACCUCACGGUGGUGCAGGACAUCGUCACCCCCGACAAGCUCGACAACCAGUACUACAAGAACGUUCUCAACCACAAGGUGCUCUUCAACUCCGACGCAGCGCUGCUGACGUCGACGCAGACGGCGAGGAAGUUGGUGGAGAGCGCGUUCGUGCGCGGGAGGUGGGAGAAGAAGUUCGCCAAGGCCAUGGUGAAGAUGGCCGCCAUCGAGAUCAAGACCGCCGCUAACGGCGAGAUCAGGCAGAACUGCCGCGUGGUCAACUAAGCUGCGACCGACAUUCCACGACUCCGAGAAGUUGCCACCUGCAGUUACUAUUGAUUAACCCGGGCGUUCAAUGGUGCAAUUAGUAUCUUAUUGGCCUGCUGCGAUUAUUUCUUCAGAAGCACGUGGCUUGAUUCUUUCAUUGCAUUUUGAGAUGAGGAGGUUGGUUUUUUGUGCUGAAUUAUAUUUCCAGAAGAUGUACUGGAAUAUAUCAAAGAUGAGAUGAUUGAACAAAGUUCCGUUUGU